UAAAACACUUUAAAUACCGAGUCUUCCUCUUUAUAUGCCUCUUCAUGCCAGUCCUUAGAUCAUAGGCCACGGCCACCUAGUCGCUCGUUGUUUUUAUCAUGGUUUCUCGGGGUAGCUAUGAAGGUGGGAUCCUAUCUCCCGUCCCUGAAUUUACUGCUACUCAAGAAGGAGACCGCUCCGACAGUAGAUUACCUGAAUUCGAUGAACAAGACUACAGCAGCCACAGAAAUGUAUAUGUUGCUGUUCAUGUCCCAUAUUCUGUACCACAUCAUAAAAAGCACAGGCGAAAGCACAGGAAAAAGUUUCGUUUUCAGCAAGAAGGAGGAUCUGGUCGCAGUACACCACUGGUGGAAGAAGUGGAUCAUUUUGAGCGAAAAACUCCUGUUGAUCCUUGCGACCGUGUCAAAUUUAUAUUGGGAGAAGAUGGCGAAGAAGAGGAACAGUCAUAUCACAUAUUCACUGAGCUGGAGGAGUUGUGUGUCAGUGAACAUGGGCAGAAUAUGGAGUGGAAGGAGACAGCUCGCUGGGUCAAGUUUGAGGAAGAUGUUGAAGAAGGAGGAGAGAAGUGGAGCAAGCCUCACGUAGCUACCCUCUCUCUCCAUAGUCUUUUUGAUCUGCGGAGCUGCAUGUUGAAAGGGACCGUACUGUUAGAUGUAGUCGGUACAAAUUUAGAGCAUAUUUCUGAUAUUGUUGUCGAUCAUUUGGUUAAGACUAAUCAACUCGAAGAGGAGAACAGAGAUAAAGUGAGAGUUGCACUCCUUCAUCGACACAGACAUCACAGCACCAAGAAAGAGUCAGACAAGAAGAGCCGGUUCCCAAACAUUCGUUCUCUUGGAGACAUGGUAUCCAAUCAGACAAAAAAAGAUGAGAAUAAAAAUAGCCCUGCUAGUUCACAUAAUGGCCUACUGGGCUGGCUUGGAAGACAGAAUAGUAAUAGCAAUAGUGAUACUAAUAACAAACAGUUAUCUGAUACUGCACCUGACUCUGGGAAAGGAUCAAGUUUUCUUAAUGACAGCCAGAAAGGAAAUCAUGAUGAUUCACACUACAAUUUUGAUCAUCAUUUUAUGAAGAAGCUUUUGCCUGGCUCUGAGGCAUCGAAUGUGCUUGUGGGAGAAGUAGAUUUUCUCAAACACUCCAUCAUUGCUUUUGUUCGUUUGUCUGAGGCUCAGAUGUUAGGAAAUUUAACAGAAGUUCCUAUUCCAACAAGAUUCCUAUUCAUAUUGCUUGGUCCAAAGGGAAACCACGAGCGAUAUCAUCAAGUGGGAAGAGCUAUUGCUACUCUAAUGGCUGAUGAAGUGUUUCAUGCUGUGGCUUACAAAGCUAGGAACAGAGGCGAUCUACUUGCUGGUGUUGAUGAAUUUCUGGAUAAAGUCACAGUCCUGCCUCCUGGUGAAUGGGAUCCUGAUAUUAGGCUGGAACCACCUUCACAGGUUCCAUCGCAGACUAAAAGGAUGGCUGGGAAACAAGAGUCCAGAGAUCAAAACCCAACCCCCACACCUCCGGUUACUUUUUCCAAGAUUCCAUUCAAAGGACUUUAUGAUGAUGCAAAGAGACGCUAUCGUAAUUAUCUGACCGACUUCAGAGAUGCAGCCUGGGAUACUCAUCGUAACAAAUGCAGUAUACUGGCAUUGCUUACAACCAUUGCUUCUAUCAUCUUCAUAUAUUUCGCUAAUAUUGCACCGGCCAUUACUUUUGGUCAGGUACUAAGUGAGAAAACUGGCCAGUAUAUGGGUGCUGUUGAGAUGAUAAUUUCUGUUGCCAUUGGGAAUUUUGUUUAUUCACUAACGGCUGGUCAACCGUUAGUAAUCCUUGGUGGCACUGGCCCAACACUGAUCUUUGAAGACAUUCUCUUUCAGUUUUGCAGCAGUCGUAAUAUACCAUAUCUUGAGUUCCGUUUCUGGAUUGGCCUGUGGACUGCUCUGUUUCUUAUGAUCUUAGUAGCACUGAAUGCUAGCGUCAUUAUGCGAAUCUUCACCCGUUUUACUGAAGAAAUAUUCUCAGCUCUCAUUUCGUUCAUAUUUAUAUAUGAGGCUUUUGAGAAGAUCUGGAAGAUUCACUUAACAAAUCCUUACAAUGGCUACUUCUGGUAUCCUUUCUGGGGAAGGACCUGUGACUGUUAUGAGUAUGCCAAUUCGACUGAAGUUGGAAUGGAUCCUCCUACAAAUGCCACUUACAUAGGCUCAUACUGGAGUAUUAACGAAACUUUACAGAACACCUGCAAUGAAGACUACCUUCGAGCCUGGGUGGGAGCUGAUUGUGAUUUGAGGAAUGAUGUUUUGUUUUUCUCUAUCAUAUUAUUUAUUGGGACUUUUGCUGUAGCCUUUUAUUUCAAACGUUUUAAGGAAACGCCAUUUUUUCCCACUUGGGUUCGUAAGAUCAUUAGUGAUUUUGGUGUCCUGUUGUCCGUCAUUAUUUGGGUACUUGUCAAUUAUUUUGCACACGUAGAGAAUGUACCAACACUAGAAGUCCCUGACAUACUAAGUGGUAGCAGUUUAUACGAUGAAACGACAGUGAGGAAAUCUUUCCUUGUCCAUCCUUUUGGUAAUGGUCUGCCUGGUUGGGCACCAAUCGCUGCUGUUCUCCCUGCUCUCCUGGCGACCAUUCUAUUGUUCAUGGAUCAACAGAUCACAGCACUGAUUGUUAACAGGAAGGAUAACAAACUAUUGAAAGGAUCUGGUUAUCAUCUCGAUAUGUUUAUUGUUGCCUGUCUUAUUGGAUGCUUCUCUUGUUUUGGUCUUCCUUGGGUUGUUGGUGCUACUGUCCGUUCCAUUGCUCAUGUACAGAGUUUAUUCCUUUAUUCUCCAAGUGCUGCUCCAGGAGAGAGACCAAAGUUCCUUGGUGUUAAAGAGCAACGCGUGACAUUAUUGUCAAUGUCAGUGUUACUAGGUCUUUCUAUUCUCAUGUAUCAAGUUCUUAAAUUGAUUCCUCUUGCUGUUCUCUAUGGCUUGUUUCUAUAUAUUGGAGUUACUUCCUUAUUUGGUGUGCAAUUUGUUCAACGUAUUCUUGUAAUAUUUAUGCCUGAUAAGUAUAAACCAGAUGAAGAAUAUGUCCGUCAUAUACCAAACCGUCGUCUUCAUUCUUAUACUUUAGUUCAAAUACUCAUGUUGCUUGUAUUGUGUAUGUUUAAGGUCAUUACACAGAUCAGCAUUAUCUUCCCGAUUAUGGUCCUUCUGUUGGUUAUCGGUCGUUGGCUAGUAGGUUGGUGUUUUCCGAAAAGAGAUCUCUUGAUAUUGGACGAUCCUAUUCCAGACAAACUUUAUUGCCAGCGUAAAAGCACCUGCUGUGAAGAAGGAAAAGAAGACCCGGAGAAAGGAAUCGAUGAGACUGAUGGACGGGUAGCGUCUGCUGAUACCGGUAUCAAUAUCACACGCGAAGUUGACAGGUGUGAUUUGUGGCACAUGGUUCAUAAGCUUGACAAAGAACCUAUAAGAGUUGCUAAUAGUCUUGCUUUGCAGCAUAAUGGUGGAGUCCCUCAUAACGUCGAGGUUGAAAUGGAGGUACAAGAUGAGUCUGCUACUCCAACGCUAUCCAGCUUCAAAAGUACUGAAAUAUAACAAGAAUCUGUCUUGUGCAAAUUAAAAUUUAUAAUCAAAUGUUGCUGUAGUAUUUAUUAAAAAUAUUAUUUAACCAAAAAUUAAUAUAAAAAGGGGGCACACACUGUUUUGUCUUUAUAUAAUCUAUAUCACAAGGAA